AUGGCGCCGCUGUACCCCAUUUUACAAGGGGGAACAGAGGAAGAACUUCUCUUCCCACCCCCUUACCAACCCCUCGAGCCACCGCAGGCCCCUGCUAUCCCUCCACCUAGGGCUGAUGCAUCAGAAGGGGGGCCCACAAAAAAUACUCGCCAUAGGCCAGCCAUGUCUCCAGCAGGGCCAGUAGACUCAACUGUUGCCCUCCCUUUACGAGUGGCCGGUCCCCCUGAUGAGGAAGGGAACCAACCUCAUCCAUACUGGCCCUUCUCUACUAGUGACCUAUAUAACUGGAGAUCCCAGAAUGCUAAGUUCUCAGACAACCCUAGAGACCUAACUAACCUUCUAGAGAGUGUGCUUUUUACUCAUCAGCCCACCUGGGACGACUGCCAACAGCUGCUCCAGAUUCUCUUCACCACGGAAGAGAGAGAGAGAAUACAGAAUGAGGCCCGUAUAAAGGUCCCAGGGGCAAAUGGAGAACCCACCACUAAUAGAGAUGAAAUUAACGCCUCUUUUCCUCAAUCGCUACCUGACUGGGAUUACAAUAUGGCACAAGGUAAGGAGAGGCUCCGGGUCUACCGCCAGACUCUGUUGGGGGGGCUCAAGGCAGCUGCAUGGAAACCCACUAACCUAGCUAGAGUAGGAGAUGUUCAACAAGGCCCCACUGAGAGUCCAGCCGCUUAUCUGGAAAGGCUGAUGGAGGCCUUUAGACAAUACACCCCCAUGGACCCAGAAGCAGAAGGCACUCAGGCUGCUUUGAUAAUGCAUUUUGUCAACCAGGCAGCUCCAGACAUCAGGAAAAAGUUACAAAAACUAGAAUGCCUGGGUGAAAAGAGUAUCCAGGAUUUAAUAACAGUGGCAGAAAGGGUCUACAAUAUUCAAGAGACCCCCAAAGAAAAACAAGCUAAGGCAGCAGACCUCCAGACCCACAAUAUGGCGUGCAUCCUGCUAGCGGCAACAGUUCCUGAUUUGGGAGAAAGGGAGCGCCAGCUGCAUCGCCUAGCGGCUGAAGGUAAGAGCCACCCCUGUAUGCGACCAGCAUUAGGAAAGAACCAAUGCACCUAUUGUAAGGAGGAAGGACACUGGGCCAAAGAAUGCCCUAAGAAAAAGAAGGGACCAUGAAAGACCCCUAUCCUGGCUGUCAAUGAACUGAGCGACCAGGGGAGAUGGGGUUCAGCACCCCUGCCUGAACCCAGGGUAACCCUAAGAGUGGAGGGGACCCCAAUUGACUUCCUUGUCGACACAGGGUCUCAAUAUUCAGUUUUGCUGGAGGCCGAAGGGAAACUGGCCGGAAAGACUUCAUGGGUGCAGGGGGCCACUGGGAUGAAACAAUAUCAAUGGACUACCCAAAGAUCGGUGGAUUUGGGCACAGGCCGGGUAUCCCACUCCUUUAUGGUCAUCCCAGAAUGCCCCUUCCCACUGUUGGGAAGAGACUUAUUAACCAAGAUGGGAGCUCAAAUUCACUUCCUCCCAGGAGAAACUAAAAUACUUGAUUAGGCGGGCAGUCCGAUUCAAGUACUGACAAUUCAAUUAGAGGAUGAAUAUCGGCUGCACAAAAAACCAACUCUUCCCCAAACGGACAUCCAGGAGUGGCUAGAUGAAUUCCCUGAAGCAUGGGCCGAGACAGGGGGAACCGGCUUGGCUAGGCACCGCCCUCCUAUAUAUAUAGAUCUCAAGCCAGGGGCCAAUCCUGUCCAAGUCAGACAAUAUCCUAUGACCUUAGAGGCCCGACAGGGAAUCACCCCCCAUAUCUGCAGGCUCCUAGCCCAGAAAAUCUUGAGACCCUGUCAGUCGGCAUGGAACACUCCCCUGCUCCCUGUUAAAAAAACAAAUUCUCAUGACUAUCGGCCAGUAAAGGACCUGCGGGAAGUUAACCGCCGAGUUCUAGAUAUUCAUCCUACGGUGCCAAACCCAUACAACUUCUUGAGCUCGCUCCCGCCAGAUCAUCACUGGUAUACAGUCCUAGAUCUAAAAGACGCUUUCUUUAGUCUAUCCCUGGCACCCAAGAGCCAGGAGCUUUUCGCCUUUGAGUGGCCCGACCUGCAAGAGGGGAUCAACGGACAGCUGACCUGGACGCGACUGCCACAGGGAUUUAAAAAUUCUCACUCCGUCUUCAAUGAGGCCCUCCAUGAAGACCUGGGUGAGUUUAGACAACAGCAGCCCCAACUAACCUUGUUGCAAUACGUAGAUGACCUCUUAAUUGCAGCAAAAGACCAACAGACUUGCCUCAUGGGCACCCGAGAACUAUUGCAGACCGUUGGAAAAUUAGGGUACCGAGCCUCAGCCAAAAAGGCUCAUAUAUGCCAACCAGAGAUCACCUACUUAGGGUAUGUGUUAAAAGAAGGACAGAGGUGGCUGUCAGAGGCACGAAAGGAGACAGUACUCAAAAUACCGACCCCAGACUCACCUCGAAGGGUGAGAGAAUUCUUGGGGUCUGCUGGCUUCUGCCGUCUUUGGAUUCCAAACUAUGUGGAACCGGCUAAAUCCUUAUAUGAAGCCACCAAAAGUACCACCCCUUUCAGCUGGACAGAACAGAUGGAGGCCGCCGUCAAAACUAUUAAGACGGCUCUGCUGUCAGCCCCCGCCCUAGGGUUGCCUGACGUCACAAAACCCUUUCUCCUGUAUGUGGAUGAAAAACAAGAAGUAGCAAAAGGGGUGCUGAGGCAACAUUUGGGACCUUGGAAAUGGCCAGUGGCCUACUUGUCUAAACGCCUAGACCCCGUAGCAUCAGGCUGGCCCCCAUGCCUCCACAUGAUUGCGGCAGUGGCCCUAAUGGUCAAAUAUGCAGACAAACUGACACUAGGGCAGGAGUUACAUAUCACCGCCCCCCAUGCCAUUGAGGGCAUACUGAAACAACCCCCAGAUAGAUGGAUCAGCAACGCUCGGCUGACCCACUACCAGGGACUACUGCUAAACCCCUCCAGAAUCAUCUUUCUACCGCCUACUGCUCUCAAUCCGGCUACGUUGCUUCCUAACCCUGACUUAGAAGCCCCAUACAUGACUGCAAGUGACAUACUAGCCCAGGUGCAUGGGACGCGAGAGGACUUGCAAGAUCGCCCCCUGGUGGAUGUUGAGGUCACCUGGUGUACAGACGAGAGCAGUUUCGUUCGAGGUGGACUCAGGUAUGCCAGGGCGGCCGUAACCAUGGAAACCCAAAUUGUGUGGGCAGAAGCACUACCUCCGGGUACUUCGGCUCAAAGGGCUGAACUAAUCACCCUAACAAAAGCCCUCCAGUUGGGGAAGGACAAAAAGCUUAACAUCAUUACCAAUAGCCAAUACACUACUGCCCACAUACACGGAGCCAUCUACAGAGAGAGGGGACUCCUCACGGCCGAGGGUAAGAUGAUUAAAAACAAAGAAGAAAUAAAAGCUCUCCUCUCAGCAUUAUGGCUUCCUAAAAAACUAGCCAUAAUACACUGCCUGGGGCACCAGAAGCCAGACACCCCGAUCUCAAGGGGAAACAACUUGGCGGACAGGGCAGCCAGGGAUGCAGCCCAGAAUACCGUGAUAGAGGCCACUCUUCAGCUGCCUGACCCUGGGAGCCCUCCUCUCUCUCUAAUCCUCCCAGAAGAACUAGGAGAACCAGUAUUACUAAAAAUGCAUCAUGCCACUCAUCUGGGAACCCGCAAGAUGCAAGACCUGAUUAGACAUGCCAAGAUUAUCAUGAAAGAUGUCAGGAUGAUAAUAGGAGACAUCGUAUCAAACUGCAAAGCAUGCCAGCUCACGAAUGCUGUCCCUCAUCUGGCCAACCAAGGAAUUAGAGAACGGGGCACAAGACCAGGAGCUUACUGGGAGGUGGACUUCACUGAGGUAAAACCGGGUAAAUAUGGAUACAAAUACCUGUUGGUGUUCAUAGAAGAAGCUUUCCCCACCAAGAGAGAAACAGCACAGGUGUCAGCCAAAAAGCUGACUGAAGACAUCUUGCCACGGUUUGGGUUUCUGGCACAGGUGGAGUCAGAUAAUGGGCCAGACUUCAUGUCUCAGGUAAGCCAGGGGGUAGCCUGGGCUUUGGGGGCUAGAUGGAAGCUGCACUGUGCCUAUAGGCCCCAGAGCUCAGGGCAAGUGGAAAAGAUGAAUAGGAUGCUUAAAGAGACAUUAACAAAACUAGUUGCUGAGACUGGCAGGGACUGGGUGGCUCUCCUCCCCUUUGCCCUGUACCGGGUGCGGAACUCACCCUAUCAACUGGGACUCACCCCUUUUGAAAUCAUGUAUGGGAUACCUCCCCCAAUAAUCCCUAACCUAAAGGCAGAAGUGUUAAAAUAAAUAGAUGCAGAGUUGCUUUUUUGUCUCCAGUCCUUACAAUACUCCCACAGGGACACAUGGAAGAGGCUCAAAGCGCUAUAUGAAUCAGGCCCUGCACCUGAACCUCACCGCUACCAGCCAGGAGACUGGGUGUACAUGCGCCACCAUCGCCAAGAGACCCUAGAGCCUAGGUGGAAGGGACCCUUCCUUGUCGUCUUGACGACACCAACUGCUCUCAAAGUUGACGGCAUCUCUUCUUGGGUCCACUACACCCACACACGACCUGUGGACCUGUUCGCCUUACGAGAAGAGUUCCUCCUGCAGUGGAAGGCUGAAUUGGACAAAACUAACCUGCUCAAGCUAAAACUGCGAAGACAAAAGUAG